AUGACUGACGAUGGAGCAGAGGAGAAGGAGUCUGAGCAGGAAAAGCAAAAGAGCUUGCACAGAUUCCAGUACUACACCCCUCCUGAACCAAGUACAGAUUCCAGUACUACACCCCCUCCUGAACCAAGUACAGAUUCCAGCACUACACCCCCUCCUGAACCAAGUACAGAUCCCAGUACUACACCCCCUCCUGAACCAAGUACAGAUCCCAGUACUACACCCCCUCCUGAACCAAGUACAGAUCCCAGUACUACACCCCCUCCUGAACCAAGUACAGAUCCCAGCACUACACCCCCUCCUGAACCAAGUACAGAUUCCAGCACUACACCCCCUCCUGAACCAAGUACAGAUUCCAGCACUACACCCCCUCCUGAACCAAGUACAGAUUCCAGUACUACACCCCCUCCUGAACCAAGUACAGAUUCCAGCACUACACCCCCUCCUGAACCAAGUACAGAUUCCAGCACUACACCCCCUCCUGAACCAAGUACAGAUUCCAGCACUACACCCCCUCCUGAACCAAGUACAGAUUCCAGCACUACACCCCCUCCUGAACCAAGUACAGAUUCCAGCACUACACCCCCUCCUGAACCAAGUACAGAUUCCAGCACUACACCCCCUCCUGAACCAAGUACAGAUUCCAGCACUACACCCCCUCCUGAGCCAAGUACAGAUUCCAGCACUACACCCCCUCCUGAACCAAGUACAGAUUCCAGCACUACACCCCCUCCUGAACCAAGUACAGAUUCCAGCACUACACCCCCUCCUGAACCAAGUACAGAUUCCAGCACUACACCCCCUCCUGAACCAAGUACAGAUUCCAGCACUACACCCCCUCCUGAACCAAGUACAGAUUCCAGCACUACACCCCCUCCUGAACCAAGUACAGAUUCCAGCACUACGCCCCCUCCUGAACCAAGUACAGAUUCCAGUACUACACCCCCUCCUGGACCAAGUACAGAUUCCAGUACUACACCCCCUCCUGAACCAAGUACAGAUUCCAGUACUACACCCUCUACUGGACCAAGUACAGAUUCUAGUACUACACCCCUUCCUGAGCACAUAAAACUGAAAAUUUCUAUUUUUAGUAACUCCGUACUAAACAGUGCCCUAUAUGUCAACUUGCUUACUGGAGGACCUUUUUAUGUAGUGAUUGAGGCUGAGGAAAACCAUGAACUUAAAAAUAUUUUGUUUAUUAAUUCCAUGUUUGAGAAUAAUGACUCUCUAAUUGAAGAUUCACAGUCCUUCAAACAAUUUUUAAGAGAUGAAUGCCUGGAAAAUAAUUAUGAACCAAUUCCCAACCUCUCAUCCAUAGUCAAGUGGUUGAAGGUUUUAGAAACAGAAAACAACAGCACAUGUGAAGCCAAGGCAAGUUAA